AUGGCUGCGAAUCACCAGCAACAGAUGGAUUCCGGUUCAAUUUCAGGCCGCGUGGACGUCGAUAAUCCGCCGUUUUCUCGCAUCUUCAUAGUCUGCAGCAAAAGACAUACGGGGGAGGAUAUGAGGGCCGCAUUUGAGCAUUUCGGUAGCAUCGAAGACAUCUGGGUUGUGAAAGACAAGCACACGAAAGAAAAUCGCGGCGUGUGUUACAUCAAGUUCGCGAAAGCUUCCUCAGCUGCCCUAGCUUGUGAAGAAAUGGAUGGCAAGCUUAUUGGAGAAGACACUAAGCCGGUUAAGGUAAGAUAAAAUUGUUACUGGUGCAAUAAUUUGGUUCUGUGUUUAAAUUCUGAGGUUUGCGUUGCUUUGAAGUUUGUGUAAGCAUUGUGACAACUCGCUAAUUUGCAAGAUCACAAACCAUGUGCUCUUGCUUAGAGCUGCUUUAACUGAUUCUUCGAUAAACCGAUCAUCAAAAUCUGCUGAGUUUUGUUUUGUCCCGUGAGAAAGUUUGUCUGAUUCAGAGUUUUUAAUUGUAAAGUUGUCUUCUUGGAAAUUUUGCUAAGUGGAAGGUAGACACUUCACAACUUUUUUCAUUGUCUUCAGCGAGGUCGUUUCAAAUUGUUAAUUAUUUAUGUCAGGUAACUAUUUUGUUAUCAGAAGUCUUGAAAUAAAGUCGUUUUAUUCAUCUAGUGAAAAUCUAUAUCUUCACUUUCGUACAUUAUGUUAUUGUCGUUUGUAUUCAAAUUUCUCAGCUGUGUCCUGUUUGUGUAAGGUUCAUGCAUGUAAGCUUAAGUUUCUUUCACAAAAAGAAUAGCAUCAAAACAUCUCGCUACGUGGAAAAGUAAAUAGACAUUUUUCCAAACCAUAAAUAUUUUACGUUUUGUAGAUUAACUGCGUAAUUGACCAUAGAUAAGCAAAAAGUUGAACGAAAUAACUUUUUCAAGUAAGCUAUCUGGUAAUGGAGUAAAAUAUACCAUUUUACUUUAUGAUUUUUUUAUGUUUAUGUCUUCUUUUCUAUAUUUUUUUGUACCCUGUGAAGUCCUGUAGAAAGCUCUUUGUUUUAUUUGGUGAGGUAAAGUUUUUAAAAAUUGAUAGCAAAUUGCUUGUUCCAGGUUAAAUAUUUGUUUAGUGGCUGGGCACCUAAUUAGAUUAAACUCUAAAGUGAAUUUUUGCUUUCUAACUAAUUUUCAUGUCAGAACCUUUUUAUUAAUUCAAGUGAUUUUCAUUUUUAAAUCUCUAAAUGAUCUCUCUAUCACAUGAAUUUGAGUAGUUUGUUUGAAAAUAUUUUAAAAGUACCUUUGGCUUUGAUAUGUACAUACAUUGCAGAUUUUUUAAAAAGUAAACCAGAUAUUUUAUUUUUUCGUAACAGUAUGGCUUUCAUACUGUUGUCAAAACCAAUUUAAAAUUUCAAUCAAACAUGUGGUUUUAAUUGCACCACUUGAUUGUUUUAAAAGGAACACACUAUAUUGAUUACAGUGUUGUUAUCCCUAGUUGCUAGAUAAUUUUGCUGAUGGUAGUCUGCCAAUUGAUUCUUUUAGAUUUAAAUGUACUUUCACUUAAGCCUAUUUGGAUGAAAAAAAAAAUUAAAUAGUUUCACCUGUUGUUUGAUAUCUGUUGAGGCUCAAUUUUAUCCUUAGUUUACCAAUGUAUAUAUUUUAUUAUCCUUUGUUUCCAACUCAACAUGACAUAAGCAUACAUGUAAUUGUACCAAAAUAUUAAACGAAAAUAAAGAUUAAGCCCAAAUUUAAAUCAAGACACUGUAUGUAGUGUAUUUUUUUUCUUUUGUCAAGAUGCAGUGUCAGAUCUUUGAUGUAGACUAGCGGUGAUUAUUUUUUUUGUCCCUUAUACUUGUAGGUAAUGAUUGCCCAGUCCAAGGUUUCUGGCUCAAAACAGGACUUUCAAGAUGAUACAGCACUUACCAGACUGUUUGUCAUCUGUCCAAAAGAAUACGCAGAGGAUAACUUGCGGCAGAAGUUCCAGGAGUUUGGCGAGAUAGAAUAUGUUCAGAUUGUACGGGACCACAAGACACAUGAAAAUAAAGGCUAUGGCUAUGUGAAAUUCAAAAAGUCGUCAUCAGCAGCUGUUGCUCUAGAAAACUGUGAUAAGUCACUAAAAGCAGUUUGGGCUGAACCCAAAUCUGCAAAGAUUGCUCGGAAUGCUGCUGCUGCUGCUGCCGCCUUACAGUCCACGCUAAUUCCUCAUAACCCAUUUCUCGAGGCAAAUAGCUUUGCUCCACCACCACCAACACCCCCUGUCAACAUGAACAUGACACCAGCAGCAGGUCUCCCGGGAAUGAUGGAUUACUACAGUUCUCAAAACCCAGCUGCAGCUGUGGCAGAAUCAAUAACAACAUCACACACUCCCACCCGGCUUUUUGUUAAAGUCUCACCGAUGAUCAAUGCAGAGCAAUUGUCGCGCCUGUUUGAUAUCAUCCCUGGCAUGCAGAUGUGUGACUUGAAGCGGAACUUCACCACCGGAGAAUCAAAGGGUUUUGCUUAUGUCACAUACAACUCUGUUGGAUCUGCGAUCUAUGCCAAGGAAAAGUUGAACGGGUUUGAAUAUCCUCCGGGUUCAAAGCUUGUGGUUAAAUAUGCUGAAGAUCCUCCAGCAAUGCGAAACAAUGGUGCAAGUUUGGGUAGUGAUACCACUUUCCAAGUGCAGUCACACGGUUCUAAGUCAUCACUCUCUGGAAGUUCAUAUGCAGUGGACUCAGCGGCAGUUUAUACGACAGCAGCUCUCCCUGCUCCUUCUCCUUUGGCAGACCCAAACUCGGAGGUUGCCUCCAGACUGUUUAUUGUCUGCCAGCCAGCUCCUCCUCCAGAAGCUGCACUUAAAGAUGUCUUCAGCAGAUUUGGAAGCUUGAUUGAUGUGUGGAUGAUGAAGGAACGUAACUUUGGUUAUGCUAAAUUUGCGAGCAAGGAAUCUGCCGAUGCUGCCAUAGAAGGCUUGCAUGGUCAUGAAGUUCUUGGUAUGAAGCUUAAAGUGAUGCAUGCUGAUCCUCCAAAGUCAGAGGCAUCCAGAAAGCGACCACGUACUUGAUGCAAGCAAUGAUGAAUUUUUCUGCAAAAGCUACGUAUACCAUGGGAUGGAAUGACUUUAAAAAGGUAAUGUGCAUGUGACUUUGUAUGUUUAUUUCAUGUACAAGACUUCUGUUGAGGAACAGACAUACUGGUAAUAUUAUUGAACUUAUAACAACUGCACCAAGCACAGAUUCAGAGCACUCCAAGCACACAUUCUGUUUUCCCAACCCUGGGCUUGCAACACGUGACAAUGAAAGAUAUGGGACUUAUGGACUGGACACAAGGGAAACAUGGAAUUUAUGGACUGGACAUGAACUGUUUUACUCAACAUCACAGAACACAUUAUGGGACUUUAUUGUAACUUCACAGAAGACGCAGACAUUACAGACUUUGUCAUUGGUAUCAAGGAUGUACAUUAUGGCUCGUAAAAAUCAUUUCUUUAUGUGGACUGGACAUCACAGAGGAACUAACAUGGACUUAACAUCAUAGGAGAUAUGGGACUUUUGCACUGGACAUUAUAGAAGAUAAAGAUGAUAAAAGGUUAUGUGAAACUUACAUCUGUAACAGCAAAAAUUAUUGAGGUUAUUAACUUAAGAGGUGAAACUAUAGAGUAACUUCAUGAUUUUUAAUUCCAUGUUUUCUAGAUUUCAAGCCUGCAUGUUGUCAUUUAAUUUUAUCCUUGGUUUAAAUUGUAUUUUCUUUCAUUUUAAUGAUACUGUGUGACAAUGAGUUUGAAAUUAGGAAAAAUAUAAUUUAACUAAGGGAUAAAAAUUGAACCACACAGGUUGUCAUUAUUAUAAAAUUAUGAUGUUGCAAACUCUUUUAAUUAGUUUUAGCCAGGUUUUUUCAUAAACAGGUUGUGUUCUUUUGAGCUUGUGUUUUAAUGGUGCAUUCUUACUGUAAAAAUAUUUUAAAAUAAGAAAAUUCGCAGUUCAAAUAUAUAUUUUGAUCUUUGCCUUUGCUUUUGGACUCUGGAAGCAAGCAGGAAAAUGUCCUACAGGUGUCUUUCUGAAGUACACUUGUAUUUUUUCUUUUUAGAUGGAAAUGUUGAAGUUUUGCAGUAGUGACGAAAUGAUACUGACUGCUUUUCUUGUUUAGUCACCUGUAUCUUGCUCUUUUAUUCGAAGGCAUCACAAAGUUGUUUUAAGCAAUUUUGAUUAAACAAAUUAUUAAUAGCCAAAGUAAGCCAAUAGCUGUCAAUAAUACAGUAAUAUGGUUUUACCUGCUAAUGUAACCAAUACAAGGCAAAAUAGCAGAUUUUUCUUAGAUUCAAAUCCUUUAUGUUAUGUUAAUGAGCAGUGAUUUUUGGUGAUCAAUCAUAAAUUUAUUGCUUUGUUUUACAGUAGUUGAAAUGUGUAUUCAUGUAAAGCAUAGAUUUCCUCUUUGUAUUUCAUGGAUAAUACAAUGUACAUGUUCACUGUUUAAGAAGAGAUUCAUUACUGGGGAGAUUAUCCCUUAAAGCCCUUAGAUUGACCAACAUCAAUUUUCUCCUAACCAAUUUUUUUCUCCUAAUAAGAUCCAUACAUGAUCACCAAGGAAAAAUGCUUUGAUCUGUUAUUAAAUUCUCACAACUAAUUCUUAAGGAAAUGUAUGGAGGCCAGUCUGGAGAAUUUGAAUGUGGAUUUUUAGGGCUGAAAGCCUUGGUCAACUACAAAUAUAUGACACUCGUAUUGUAAGAUUUACCCAAGAACAUAUUGACCUAUGGAUGAAUAACAUUUAACUUAUAUGGUUGCAAUUAAAAAUGAAAAUGGCCAG